UCCCGUGACCACAAACACCUCUGUUUGACAGUAGAUUUGGGGUGCCCCUCUCUGUUAAAAAUUAGGAGGACCUAGCAUUAGAAAACCAAGCAGCAAGCGGUGUUCUCGAAUGUUUUCUCACAGCGUUUCUACACAUCUUUAAACCUUCCGGGUCGCCGUACGGUUCCCGGAAGUGCUGCGGUUGCUCAGCAGCAGGUUGCUAGGCAGCGGCGUCGCGUCCUCCUUGGCUUUACCAGCUCCAAAAAUGGGGGAUUCGGAGGGCGAGACUUUGCGGGGCACUUUUCCAAGCCUCAUGGCGGAAGGGACGAUGCUAAGCCGGCGUGGGGAGCUUGCAAAAGCGCUAUCUUGCUAUACGAACGCCCUGCAACUCCAGCCAGGUGAUAGGAACUGCCUUGUUGCCCGCUCAAAAUGCUAUCUGAGACUUGGAGAUACAGAAAACGCCUUGAAGGAUGCAGAAGCUUCCCUGGCAGCUGACAAAGAAUUUACGAAGGGACUAUACCAGAAAGCAGAGGCCUUGUACACCAUGGGGGAUUUUGAAUUUGCCUUGGUCUUCUACCAUCGAGGCCACAAGCUCCGCCCAGAGUUGCAGAAAUUCAGGCUGGGCAUUCAGAAAUCUCAGGAAGCAAUUGAAAAUUCUGUUGGAAGCCCUUCUUCCGUGAAACUGGAGAAUAGAGGAGACCUCUGCUUUUUGAGUCGCCAGGCAGAGAGCAAGAGAGCAAAGCAGAAGCUUCAGAUCAGAUUUCUGAAGAAGGAUGCAAAGUACCUAAGUAAACAGCAGGAGCCUGUGAGGAAUGAGAAAACAGAACGGCAGCUGCUGGGAGAGCUCUAUGUUGACAAGACUUUUCUGGAGAAAUUGCUCAAGGAUGAAGACUUGACCAAAAGCACCACAAAGCAAGGAGUAACUGUUGGAGAUCUGAUCCAGGAAGGACUUUCCUACCUGGAUACCCGCACAGAUUUCUGGCAGCAACAGAAACCUAUCUAUGCCCGGAUCAGAGACCGCAAGCUCUUGCUGAAGAGAUGGACCAGAGAUCAAAAGCGGAAGCCCUCUGAGGUGGCCAGAUACAUCUUAAAGAGCAUGGAGGACAUUGAUAUGUUGUUGACUAGCGGCAGCCCUGAAAGAAGCUGCCAGAGAGCUGAGCAAGUACUGAAAAAAAUCCAAGGCUGGUCUGAUGACGAGAUCCCCAACAGGAGUGAACUGGUUGGAAACCUCUACAGUUGCAUUGGAAAUGCACAAAUUGAGAUGGGCAACAUGGGGGCAGCUUUGCAGAGCCACCGGGUGGAUCUGGACAUUGCUAAAGAAAACAACCUGACUGAUGCCAUCUCCAGAGCCCUAGACAAUAUCGGCAGAGUGCAUGCUCGCAUGGGCAACUUCCAGGAAGCCAUUGACACUUGGGAAGAAAAGAUUCCACUUGUGAAGAGCAACCUGGAAAAGACCUGGCUGUUCCAUGAAAUUGGCAGAUGCUACUUGGAGCUCAACAAAGCAGUUGAGGCUCGGGACUGUGGUGAGAAGUCUUUGCAGUGUGCGGAGGAAGAGGGAGACAUUGAAUGGCAGCUCAACGGUGGUGUGUUGGUGGCACAAGCACAAGUGAAACUGGAGGAUUUCCACUCAGCAGUCACAUACUUUGAGAAGGCUCUGGAGCAGGCAAAACGUAUCCAUAAUGCUGCAGCUCAGCAGGCAAUCAUCAUUGCAUUGGAUGAAGCCAACAAAGGGUUCAUCAAGGAGUUGAAAGAAGAACAGAGACUUGAGAGGAUGCGCGAGUUGAUAGAGUUGGAAGAUGAGGAGGAGGAAGAGGAAGAAGAAGAAGAGAAAGAGAGGAAGAGGGAUGCGGAUGAUGCAGAUACAGAAGAACCUACAGCAAAAGAAGAAGAAAGGAAAGAGGCUGAAAAAAUUGAAACUGAAGGAGAGAAACAGGUAUCGGGUGCAGAGGGCGGAGAGACAAUUACAUCUGAGGAUGGGGAGAAGCAAGAGUUGGAGGGAGGACAGACGCAAGGAGAAACUAAGGCAGAAGGAGAUACACAAGGAGAAACCGGGGGAGAAACUCAGAAAACAGAAGAAGAAGAUGACACGGAAAAGCCGGGCGAGGACAUUCCAGGAUGAGGCCUGUGAAAGUUUGCCCUUGGGGACUCUUGGUUUGUAACUCUGGGAGUGUCUUUUCUAUGGUCAUCCAUUUUGCUUUACAUAUUUCCUCCCUAAGUCACUCCUGAUGCAUUCCAGGGCAUUCAAAAGAACCAUUUUGCUUCUGGAUAUAUUAAAAAGGUUCUAAGAAUGUAGGAAAUAUUGUAAUUUUAUGUAAGACACUCCAAAAGACUGCUAUUUAUCUAGAUAAGAUAGGAACUGUUCUAACCAUUAAAGAUCCUUC